AUGAAUGUGAUGGAGUGGAGAGAGGUGAUGGGCUUGGAGUCUCUCAGGGAAACUCUCGCUGCCUCCAAGCUCGUCAACUAUGGUGGACGGUUGGGGGAUUUCUGGGAGUCCAACAAACCGCUGAUGCUAGCGCAGGGAUUAGAGAUAACUGAACUCGAUGAAGAACUUCCCGGCCACAAACUGAGCAACUCUGGUAACAACAACAUGUUCAUCUUCUGGGACGUGCUUGCUCCUCCUAAUAAGUUAGAGAUUUGGUGUGCAGAGGUCUCUUUGGAGAGACACAAGGAGACAUGUGAGAUUAGAGGAAACAUUUUGUGGUCCCAACCUAUCGUGACACUGGAUCCUCCUCCUCCACAUCGCCUUCACUGUCACAUUUUGUAUGCUCUACCUCUCAACCUCUGA